UGCCGUAGUGAUGCGCAGGCUCCGUGAGAAGGCUGCUGCUUAUUGAUCAGAAGACAAGCGCCUGUGUGUUGGGCUUGGUGUAGGCUGUGGAAUAGAGCGGCACGGCCAUUGUGAGCGAGUCUGGUAGUGUGUGUUUGUGUGUAUGUGUGUGAGAGAGAGGGGGGAAGAACGAGAGAAAUGAAAGUGUCAGCCAUCAUUUCAUGGUGCAUGAUGGUGGUCUGGUUCUGACCUGCUUGCACUUAAGGAGGGGCUCUCUCUAGCCUGCUGCACAACAAGGAGAGAUUCGACUGCAGGGUUGUGAUCGAGCUGAUCUUGAAGUGGCUGUCUAAGUAAAAGCAUCAGUAUGGAGGCUCCGUUGGUCUGUCUCGAUGAGGAGUUUGAAGACCUCCGGCCCUGUAAAAUAGAUGAGCUGGAACCAGAGCAAUCACCCCGUCGGCCUUACGGGACGGUCCCUCUGGCCCCUCUUGGCCGGGAAGACUUCUCUGAGCUGGAGAACUUCUCAGAGAUGAUGAGCUUCAAGUCCAUGGAGGAUCUGGUGAACGAGUUUGAUGAGAAGCUGAACGUCUGCUUCCACAACUACAACACCAAGACGGAGGGCCUGGCCCCAGUGCGCAAUCAAUCACACGCUGAGGAGGACGAGGAGAGGCUUCAGGAUGAAGAUGUGUGGGACGCUCUGACUGAUAACUACAUGCCGUCUUCUGUGUCCAGCUGGGACGGCCCCAACUCAGAGACGCUGAAUGGCAACAUCUCAGAUGACGAGAUCCACGAAAAAGAGGAGGAGGAGAUGAAUGAAAAGAAUGAAAAUGGCAACUGUCUGAGUGAGGAGCCUCUCAUCACUGCCGACCAGGUGAUUGAGGAGAUUGUGGAGAUGAUGGAGAAUUCUCCAGACCCAGGUGAGACUGAGGAAGAGGAAGAGGAAGAAAGUGGAGUUGCCUCCCCUAAAACCAACCCCUCUCUCCUGGAGGAGAUCCGCAUGCUUUCUCAGGCCUCCAACAACAACUGCUCUUACGAAGGUCUGAGUCUGAUGCCGAGUUCGGCUCUGAUGGAACUGCUGUGUCGUGUGGAGACGGCUAUCCGGGAAUACUCGGAGGAGCUGGUGGCUCAGCUGGCCCGGCGGGAUGAGCUGGAGUUCGAGAAGGAGGUGAAGAAUACGUUCAUCACGGCCCUGAUGGAGGUGCAGAACCGGCAGAAGGAGCAGCGCGAGCUCAGCAAGCGCCGCCGCAAAGACAAGGCCUUGAGCCUGCAGGGGUCAACCCGCUCCGACAAGAUCAGCAGCAUGCCGGUCAAGCGCUUCAGUAUGGAGGGGCUGUCUAACAUCCUGCAGACGGGCAUUAGACAGACGUUCGGCAACUCAGGGACAGACAGACAGUACCUAAACACAGUUAUCCCCUAUGAGAAGAAGGCAUCUGCUCCGUCUGUGGAUGAACUUCAAAUGCUCACAAAAAUCCUGUACGCCAUGAAGGAGGACAGUGAAAAAGUCCCAACACUGCUAACUGACUAUAUACUAAAAGUUCUGUGUCCUACGUAAACUGCUGUGUGCUCUCCUGUCUUUGGGACUGUGAGGAAGGCUGGUGGUCUUCAUCCCUCGCUCUGUGCUCCAGUCCCAACUGCAUGAGCCCCCCGACCCAUUUAUCAACGAGGGACCCUUAACAUCUAACCAUCCCCCCUUCGCUUAGCCAAUCCAGCUCAUCUCACUGUCCUUCCUGCGCUUGCACAUAUCCACAAGGCCAGUACAGCGGCGCCCGGUGCUUUCCACCUUUUUUUACCGUAUACUUUACAAUGGGCCAAAAGCCAUACGGAGCAUGUUAGGGGGAAAACAGGUAAAUACCAAUCCGUCUCAGUCUCUGAUCAGGUAUACUCUUUUAUUUUCCUUUUUUAAGCAGAGCACACAUGAGGACAUUCCCUUCAUUCUCAUCCGUUCAGAUUACAGGUAUAUCGAGGGACAAUAUUUAGAGACAUGGUCAAGCCUAGAUGCAUUGUUUGUGCACAUUAUUGAAUAGUCUGUCCAUCUAUCGCCUUCUGCUUUUUGCUGUUUCAGUAUUGUGGCUUCAUUUCAGCUGCUAGCAUGUUGUAAUGUUCACCAUUUAAUGCCAAUUUACGGGGAAAUCCAUGGCGACAACCAGAGGCGACUUUUUAAAAUUUUGUUUAUUAUGUAUUAUUUUUUUGACCUUUAAUCUUUUGUUUGAUGAUAUCAUUGAUAUUUUUUUAAAACCAUUUCUUACCAGAGUGUGCAGUUUCUGCACUGAGUUAGUGUAACUCUCAUUUAUUAUGCCAUAAUGCACUCAUAUCUUUAAUGUAUAUAUUUCUUGUUUACUAAGGGGCAUGGAGGAAGGCAAAAUAUGGCUGAGUCAAAGUUCAAAUAAAUGUCGAACCCUGUGAAGAAAA